AUGCCAAAGAGCUAUGAGUUAAAGCUACGGGAAGCGGAAGAGCGGCGGCGGAAGCCCAAGCAGCAGGAGGAUGAGAUCUACACCGCGAUCGAAGGGAAGUCACAAAAGAUUAUGUUGGGUUUUGAUCAUCCCGAAUCCCUGCAAUUUGAGAUGCAACUCACCUGGGUCGAAGACACCUGGACGGUGGAGCAGUUGCAUGACCACUUGAUGUCGGAGGUGCUGCGCCUUGACGCGGAAUACAGGCGGAAGCCUUUGCAAGGAAACUACUCGCAGAAGUACGUGUGGUUUGACAGGUUUGUGCUAAGACCUCGAAUCCACGGAAGGGAAUUGACGCUGCAAGACUAUGGCAUUGAACCUGGCUUCAGGGUGAAGGUGAGCCCGUUCUAUCAGUCUGAGAUGAUGUGGGGUCAGCCAUGGCCUUUUGAUCCGAGUAAGGAGAGGCCGAAGGAUCAGAUACAUCCCGCAGAGGAUCCAGACUUGCUUCUGCGGCUGGAUAAAGGUGGCACAGGUCUAUCGACGCGAGUCUUCUUCUUCCCCUGGUUGGGUGGAAGUUCUUCAGCGUACAUCCCGGUUGUGCAAAAGAUGUCGAAGGAUAUCGCCUGCUAUGCUUUGGACAUGCCUGGGAGAGGUCAGCGAGAGGAUGCUGAAGGCUAUCCGACGGGUCUCUUCGCCAUCAAAGUCAUCGCCAUGACUUUGGCCAAGGAGAUGCGCCGUGGCUCGAACUUCAUCUUCGCGCACUCGCAGGGAUCCCACUUUGCGUAUUAUGUCACGAAGCUCUUGAGGAGCAACUACAACGUGAAUGUGAAGGCUCUCUUUGUGAGCAAUUUCGCUGUACCAAAUAGCUCCGUGCAAGCUGACCUGAGCACACUGAAGAGAAGGCAGGAACUGUGCGUUCCGCUACGCAUCUUUACACACUUGGUGAAGGGUGGCUGGGGAUGCGAUCCCAAGAUGGCGUACAAGAGCCACAUGGGUUACCAGGCGUACCAAAGUCAAGAACUUUGGCCGGUGGCUAGGUCUCUGAUCAUCGAUCACUGGAUCACCAAGGAUUUCCCUUUACCUGGUGCAGAAGAAGCUUUACAUUGUCCUAUAGUUGCCUUCUACGGGAAGGAAGAUGCGGCCGUGUCUUUGUCUGAUGUGCAGCGAUGGGAGUAUCUCUCAAGUGACCCAGACACUUUCCAGGUCAUCAAAAUGGAGGGAGGUCACAUGUGGUUUCAGAACAGCAGUACCAGGUGCGAAGCGUUGGCCACUGAGCUGGGCCGAUUGGUCCGGCGCUUCUAG